CAAGAGAUAAUCAAUCAAGUCUUGGAGAAGCUGGAAGAAAAGCAAGUCCCCAUGCCAGAUUAUGCCCUCAAAUCAUCAGGGGCUGCUGUCGUUCAUUCAAGGACUUCUCCAUCCUUCCGCAAUAGGAAAGGAAAAGUCUUUUUGUAUUCCCUGCCGGUGCUGGAUUACCUGCGAUCUCCUGACGUUAUCCUUGAGCCGGAAAAUCCAGGAAACUGCUGGCCCUUGGCAGGAAGUCAGGGACACGUGCUCAUCAGGCUGUCUGUGCCAAUCGUUCCCAGAGCAGUCACCGUGGACCAUGUCUCAGGGACAAUGUUCCAUAGAGACAGCAUCUCCAGAGCGCCAAAGGACUUUGCUGUCUACGGCCUCAAGGAAGAACAGGAGGAGCAGGGAACGUUCCUGGGACGGUUCACUUUCCUGGCGACGCUGAAUCCCACUCAGACCUUCCAGCUGAAGAACGAGCUCUCUGGGUUCGUGAAUUACAUAAAGCUGCAAGUGCUGAGCAACUGGGGCCACCCGGACUACACCUGCCUGUAUCGAUUCAGGGUGCACGGCGAUCCUCCCGAAGACGGGGGAAAGGGGUCCCUGUCAUCUGGCAAUAAAGGCCCUUAA